AUGUUCUCGGCGGACUUCUAUCAAACUUUUUGGGACAUAAUCGGAGAUGACGUGUACCGGGAUAUUAGAGCUUUCUUUGAAACGAGCUACAUUCACCCGAGACAAAAUGAAACCCAUAUAAGGCUGAUUCCCAAGGGUACAGGAGCCAAAAAGGUCUCGGACUACAGACCAAUUGCGUUGUGCAACACGCACUAUAAGAUUAUAGCCAAGAUCCUCUCCAAAAGGCUACAGCCGCUGCUCCACUCUCUGAUCUCACCAUCUCAGUCGGCCUUUGUGCCGGGGAGAGCUAUCUCCGAUAAUGUGUUGAUUACCCACGAGGUCCUGCACUACUUGAGGAAAUCGGGAGCAAAAAAGCAUGUGUCAAUGGCGGUAAAAACAGACAUGAGCAAAGCCUACGACAGGAUUGAGUGGAACUUCCUGCGGGAAGUACUACAAAGAUUGGGGUUCCAUGAGAUAUGGAUCGGCUGGAUCAUGGAAUGUGUUUCGUCGGUUUCGUACGCUUUCCUUAUUAAUGUAGGGCCACAAGGGAUAUUUAUCCCAUCCCGAGGAUUAAGGCAGGGUGACCCGUUAUCUCCGUACCUCUUCAUCCUUUGUACGGAAGUCUUGUCGGGUCUCUGCAACAAAGCCUUAGCUGAUGGAACAUUACCAGGAGUAAAGGUUGGCCGACACUGCCCCCCGAUAAAUCACUUGUUAUUCGCGGACGACACGAUGUUUUUCGGAAAAUCUAGUGCAGCAAGCUGUGCCACUCUAUCCUCUAUACUCCUCAAGUACGAAAAGGCCUCAGGGCAGUGUAUCAACAGAGCAAAAUCAGCCAUUACCUUUUCGUCGAAGACAAACCAGGAGUGCAAAACUCGGGUCAAAAGGGAGCUCAAUAUCUGUAACGAGGGUGGCGUUGGGAAGUAUCUCGGGCUACCAGAGCAUUUUGGACGCAAGAAGCGAGAUAUCUUCUCAUCCAUAGUGGAUCGUAUCAAACAAAGAGCUCACUCUUGGACCAGUAGAUACUUAUCAGGAGCGGGCAAGAUGGUUUUGCUAAAAGCAGUGCUGGCGGCGAUGCCUACGUAUACGAUGUCUUGCUUCAAACUCCCGGCAUCACUCUGCAAACAGAUCCAAUCUGUGCUUACCCGUUUCUGGUGGGAUGUAAAACCGGAGAUUCAGAAGAUGUGCUGGAUCUCCUGGAACAAGUUAACUUACCCCAAAAGUGCAGGGGGUCUCGGCUUUCGCGAGAUAGAGGUUUUUAAUGAUGCUCUACUAGCAAAACAUGCUUGGAGACUUAUGAAAAACCCCACUUCUCUACUCGGGAAGAUCCUACUGAACAAGUACUGCCACAGCUCGGAGUUCCUUGAGUGCUCACCACCGAACUCUGCCUCUCAUGGCUGGCGAGGGAUACUAGCAGGUAGGGAAAUUUUAAAAAAAGGAUUGGGAUGGUCUAUUGGAAAUGGCAGGAACAUAAAGGUGUGGAGUGAUAAUUGGCUAUCGACAGAGGCGCAAGUCUGUCCGAUAGGACCACCAACAGAACAGGACCAACACCUCCUAGCCAGCGACCUCAUGCUGCCAAACUCCUCUGACUGGGACGUAGGAAAAAUCAGAUGCAGAGUACCAGUAUAUGAGGCGCAUAUCAGGAAGCUAACGCCAAUAGAACACCUGGAAGAUGAGCUGGUCUGGUACCCCGAGAAGUCUGGGAACUAUUCAACGAGAUCAGGCUACGCAUUAGCAAAGCUACACAACGGAGAGCAGCAGGACUCUUUCAACUGGAAACAGUAUGUAUGGAAUGUCCAAUGCUCACCAAAACUUCGGCAGUUCUUAUGGAAGCUAAAAAGUAAUGCGUUAGCAGUGGGGGAGGCACUGAUCAAAAGAGGAAUGCAAAUUGAUGGAAGCUGUAAGAGAUGUGGGGAACCAGAAACAAUCUUCCACGUUAUGUUCUCUUGCACUACAGCCAAAAAGGUAUGGGAACUGGUCCCAGCCAUGAUGAUACCGUCCAGUAGCUCUUGUCACUCUAUGGAGGACUUGCUCAAAGGCUGUGCUCGAAUGGUUAAUCUACCACCUACUGGACUGGUCACUCCCUUAUACCCUUGGAUCUUUUGGGUUUUGUGGACAAGUAGAAACCAACUGAAGUUUGAGGAUAAGUCUUUCUCGGAAACGGAGAUGCUUGCAAAAGCUAUCAAAGCUGCAAAGGAGUGGCAAGCCUCGCUACCACCCCGAACCAAAAGCUCUGUUUCGCCUAAAGACUGUCCAAAACCAAACUCUCUCCCUCUGGUUCCAGCACAAACGCAUUUAAUAUGCUCCGAUGCUGCUUGGAAUGGGUCGUCAUGUGCAGGUGGUCUCAGCUGGAUCUGCAACGACUCUUUAGGUAAUCUAACCUUCCAAGGAACCGAAGCCCGCCGCUAUCUUGCCUCAGCUCUUGUAGCAGAAGCCUCAGCGAUGAAAGCUGGUCUUGCAAAGGCCAUCUCUGCGGGGAUCAAAGACAUAAUCUGUUGCUCAGAUUCAAAGUCUCUUAUUGAUGCGAUUACAGGUUCCAAGACUGUGAUUGCGCUUAGAGGAAUACUCCAUGACCUAGGCGUGUUGAGUAGCUCCUUUUCUUCUAUCUCUUUUAUGUUUAUUUCUCGAUCUUGUAAUGAUCCAGCUGAUAGGUUGGCGAAGAACGCUCUGUUUCAGCUGUCGAACAACCCAUCUGGGGUUGGAAACUCUGUUUCUGUUUAA